UCUUCCCCACUGCAUUUCCCUCUCCAUCACCCCCCCCCCCCGGCGGCUGCCUCAACUGGAGCACCAAGCUCCCGUACCUCGGGAUCCUUCGGGAUCCUAUUGGGAAUCUGGACGGGUCAAGCCCUUCCCUUGACUGGUCCCGCUUUCCCCUGAUUCCUGAGCAAUUUCUAGCGUGCUUCCAUAUUGGGUUGCUUGUGAAUUUGUCCCGCUUUAGUUAGUUGUGGAUUUGCCCUCCUGAGUCCAAAUUCACCAUAUCCAAGCAGGCCCUCGGGUGCACUCAGGAAUGGACAAAGAUGCAGAUUGCGCGGACGCCUCCGCAUUGAUUCGUCGAAUUGAAGAGCUACAGCGCGAAAGGGAUGAAAAGCAGCAUGCUUUGGAAGCAUUAAUACAUCAGGUUGAAGGACUCCAGUAUGAAAUGGAUGAAAAAGUAGAUCUUGUUGAAGUAUUAACUCGUCGAGUUGAAGACCUCCAGCGAGAACGUGACGAACUUAGAAAAGAUAUUGAGCAAUUAUGUAUGCAACAAGCUGGACCUGGUUAUAUUUCUGUUGCAACUCGAAUGCUUUCUCAGAGGUCAGCAGCUUUAGAACAGGAUAUUGAGAGCCUCCAGGAGAAGUUAGGUGGUUGCUUAAGAGAGAACCAAAAUUUGCUAGAGGAGCUUGCUGAGGCUUAUCGAGUUAAGAGUCAGCUCGCUGAGUUACAUGGUGCUGAGCUAUCAAAGAACAAGGAUCUAGAAAAGCAAGUAAGGUUUUUCCAGAGCAGUGUUGCUCAAGCGUUUGCUGAACGGGACAAUUCAUUAAUGGAGUGUGAGAAAGCGAAAGAGCGGGAAGAAGCAGUGUUAAAAAAGUUCGCUGACUUUGAGGAAAGGACAAGAGAAUAUCAAUCUGCAAUUGAUGAUCAGAAACACUUAAAUGAUGGCUUGCAGAGGGAACUGACAGAAUUAAAGGCACAGACAGAAUCUUCCUUGAAAGUUAUCCUAAAAUUCUAUGAACUCCGUUCCAGAGACUGCGAAUGUCCUUUGAACAUUAGUUUUGAAGAGAAGUGUUCAAUCCUUCUAGAUGAUUCUGCUGACAAUUGGAGUUUUAGCUCUGAUGGCGGAGCCUCAACUUUGAAGUACAUUGCAUCUCUAGAAGAGGAGAAAGAGUCACUUAAAGCUAAAAUAGCUAAGCUGCAAAGCAAUUUAAAGAUGGGCCUUGAAAUUGAACAGCAUUUGCAAAGAAAUGCACGAAUAUUAGAGAAAAGACAGGCACUGUAUGAGGAUUUUUUGAGAAAUGGAUUGUCAGAGCUUCAAAAGUUCUAUGAAUAUCGAAGGGCUGAAAUUAUGAAAAUAUUGGAAGAAGAAUCCUCGCGACUGAGCACAGUUGUUGCAGAGAUUCAAGAUAAGUUAAGUGAAAUUUGCAUCAACACUGAAGUCAGUGAAAACCCUGUUGACGAGAUGCAGUGUUGUGACAGCAGUUGUAAAGAUGUGCAUGUUACUACAGAUAUAAGUCCUAACACUAGCACAAGCCCUAAGGGUGACUCUCUUGCUGUUUCUAAUUCCGUGUCAUUUGAUGAAUCUAAAGCACUUGCACAAGCUUUACAGGAGAAAAUGGAAGUACUUAUGCUCUUCUCACAGGAACAAGAAAGGUACCUAUUGGAAAAACAGAGAAACCAAAUUGAUAUUGAGGACCUUCAGAAGAACUUAUCUCAAGUUAAAGAUGAAAAAGUGAGGGUCCUGAUGGAAUUAGCAAAACUGAAAGAAGAAUAUCUGCUGUUAAAGGGCUCUGCAGUGAAGGAAGGUCAUGGUACUGGUGGUUCUCUGAAAGUCAUCCCUGGGCAUGACCAACAAGGGCUGCUAAAGACUGUGCUGAAGAGAACAUCUUUAAGUCACUGGAUGAGAAAAGAUAGCAGUAGUAUUGGACAUGGCAGCUCUUGUGGAAAUGAUCAUACAGUUUUCAAAGAGCACUCAGUAGAUGUUGCAAGGUUAAAGGUUGAAAAUGCUACUCUUCUGGAAAGUGUUGGUACUGUGGAAUGUCUCACUUCUUCAGUACAUAGGCUGCAUGUUGUGCUUCGGAAGGCGUAUGAUGAUGUCAAAUCAGCUAGUUCUUUGGAGAGUACCUAUGAAGCGUUGAACAGUAUUAUAACUGAAGCAAACCUUAUGAAGACAGCUCUUAGCGUGGUUCUUCCGGUAAGCUGCUCCGGGGAUUCAUCAGGUGCUAUUACUUAUGAGGCUCUGUAUGAUCCAUCUGAUUCACCUAAAUCGAAGUCUGAGAAAGUAGAUCCUCUCUCUUCCGCGGGCAUGGAGAUGGUGGAGCUACUAAUAUUGGCAGCAGAGAUUCUCAAGGAGAGCUUUCUGUUGAAGAAAUAAGGUACCUGACAUGUAAGCACGGUUUGGUUCUCCAGCUCUUGCUUAUAUAGAAGCAUGCAGUUUACUCCUGAAAGACAAUUAUUUGGUGUAUAUACUUCAACCGAUUGGUAGCAGUGCAACUAGUAGACUACUGCAAAAUGUAGGAAAGAGGCAAUGAGGUAGAACACCUGGAGAACGUUACUGUAAAUUGCUGUAGAUCUGGUUGCUAGACUAAAAGAUUAAGAAUUGUGUGUAGAUAUAUGUCAUAUCUAUCUGAACUGUUCUUUGUAUAUGUGUAGUAGUUUUUAUCAUUUGUUA